AGCUGUCACCUGCUGUGAGAUAGUCACCCUCACGUACUCUUGUGCGACAAGAAAUUGUCAAAAUGAUACCAAAGUGAAAUAUUUCAGUGUGAAAAUAUGAUCGACACGCGGUAUGUUUUUAUGACAGGCCCCGUAAUUCUCGGAUUGUUUCUGGCGAUAUUCGACAGCAUCGCCUGGGCCCUCGUGAUCAUCCUGACAUACAGCGUCAGCGCAUUAUGGGGUGUGACAAUUCUGGACUAUCUAGGAGUUAGUGUCAACACUCAUCUACCCGGGGAUGUUUGCAGACCGAGGGAUGAUGGGGCCUGCAGGGUGUGCAGUGGAAGUGCAUGCAAUCGACACAAGCCCUCUGUCUACAAUACACAUGUCAAAGUGCCUAAGGACUUUGACGUCGCUCUCCAGAACCUUCUGGAAACAGUUCUUCAAACGUACGUAUGCGAAUGGUACUCGACGUUCUCCUCCGACGAGGCAUUUCUGCAAGAAUUGAGAUUAACAAUAGCCACAGCAGCGAGAAACAUUAUCUCCAGAUUAUUUCGUGCAGAUAUUUCAGAAGUUAUUUUUAAUAAUUUGAUCCCAGUGGCUCUGCAACACGCAGAGGACUGGCGACUGCUGGCAAUUCACGCCCGCAAAAAUGGAAAUAAACCAGAAGACAAUGUUAUCGAUUAUCUAGGGCACAGAAUCCACCCAGCAGCUCUCUCUCGAGAUGCUGAACUAAACUACCUGAGAGGACUGGUUACAGGGUUCAUCCCACACUUGAUCCCUAGUUCCUACAUUUCUACGAAUAACAAGGUGAUUCUGCGGGAGAUUCUAGCGAAUUGGGUGCUCCUCCCUGCAAUGGACGCUUUAUCAGAUCCCGAUACUAUAAACUUCCUCGUCGAAUUGUGUACUCAGUACCAAGGGGACUUGUCCCAAGAGCUUGAUGCCGUUGAAGUUCCGGCACUGCAAUCCUGGAUAACUCCGAGGAUUAUUGUUCAAGAUACCGAAGAUCCCCUGAAACCCUCGCUGGAACAAGUAUUAGAAAGUCCAGAGUUGCUGUAUUUAUUCAUGCAACACAUUAAGGAAUCUGGACCUGUUAAUUUACUGCAGUUUUGCUUGGAUAUCGAUGACCUGAGCAAGCGAAUGCUGACCCCAGACAUGACUUCAGACCUGGAAGAGAGUCUCUACACCUCAGCCCAGAGCAUUUACUCGUCGUACCUGGAUCCAGAGGGUGGGGAAUACUUGCACCUACCCUGGCACAUCUCCCAGGGAAUGCACGAUAUCCUGGAAGGAGGUCCCAGUAAAGUUCAGGAAUUGCGUACAUCACGCCCCCUGUAUCAGGCGCACCAGGAGGCACACGCCAGAUUAGAGGCGAUCUGUUUGCCCUCGUUCCACCACAGCUUUGAGCUCUACAAACUGCUCUGCGGUUCCCCAGUCUCCGCGACCUUCACGAGAUCCGCGUCUCAGCAUAGUACGAUGUCAGGUGGGCCAGGAGUUGGAGCAAGACUGAGCAAUCAAUUGGGAAGAAUCCGCGGAGUUUUGAGGGCCUCAGCGGUGGAUGGGGCGCCUUUUCAGUCUCCAGAUGUGUUUCAAGCGGAGGAGGUAGACUGUACCCCUAGAACCUUCGACUCAGCCCUCUACGAGGACAAAUCCGCGAGGGAUUUAACCACCUGGCGAGUCACUGUACCCCACGUUGACGGGGGUGGAGCUUUCCCCCUGUAUAUGAUAGCAGUUCACAGUGUUGCGGAGGACAAAUCCUGGACGGUUCUACGGAGGGACCAGGACUUUCACGUUUUGAGGGCUCGUCUCAUGGAAUUUCAUGGUGACAGGGAGAUGAACGAUUCCCCUCUACCGACCAGGAAGAACCAGACGGCCUCCCUCACUGCCAACCGGCAACGGUACCAGGAUUUCCUUCAAAAACUUGUGGCAAAACCCACCCUCAGAAGCAGUGAACUUCUCCAUAUUUUCUUAACUGCUCCCAAUCUCAAGUCUUAUCUCACUAAUUACUCAACACCUGAUAUUGGAAUUCUUUAUCAGAAUGUUGCGCACAAAUUAAGGAAGGAAAAGGGACAGCAUCUGGAUAAAUUCAUGAGUACUUUGCUCGCCUCUACUUUUGUCAAGUACGAGCACGCAGAUUUGGGAAUUGAACCUGUUGAGCAGGUGGCAGACGUCAAGAAGGGCAGAAAUUUCAGGUCUACUGUCUUCGAGGAUAAUUUGGGGAUCAAAGAGAUGAAGGAACUGCCUUACAUUUCCACUGGUACCAAGCAGGUAAAGGGAGCGUCUUUCUGCGUUGCCGGAGCAGUUGAGAAUUUGCUGGGAGUCAGUGGACUGGUCUCUCAGUGCACCUGGUUGCUUGCCUCGUUGGCUCGUUCAUCGUUAGAUUCAGUUUGUAAUAAAUUCAUGAACCGGAUAUUAAUGAAACUCCUGAGUGGAGGGCGUGCAGCAGUCGUCGUCAAACUUCUGCAUAAUGCAAUGUUCGAAGAGAAAUCUUCGAUUGAUGUAAAUCCAUCGAGCAGAGCUGAGCGAUACAAAAGCGCCAAGGAGGGAUUACACUCGUUACUCCCAUGGUGGUGUUUUGGUUUACACACUAAUUAUUGGUGCAAACUAAUGGACGCUCUCCUGGAGCCCCUGCAAAAUCCUUUCCUAAAUAAACAUCUGGCCUAUGUACUUGUUGAUCAAGUCCUGGUGACACUUUUUCCUGAAAUCUCUCAGAUAUAAUGCAGUUUUUCAGCCACCGGCACUUACGCCAUAAUCCCGUAAUUGCAAUGAAUUAUCAAUUGUAUAUAUCGCAUGUUUGCUCAAUUAAUUGUACAUAUGAUUUUUUUUCAAUGUUUCGUGAAAAAAUUGUUCUGAAAGUUGAGAACAAUGGUUAUGUAAAUAUGAUGGAAUACAUUAUACAAAAAAUAUAAAAAGCCGUAAUUUACCUCCAAAUAUAAUUUAUAUACACUCCAUAAGUAAUUACAUUAAAUAAUACCUUAAUUAAAUCUCGUCGCCCUGCAUACGAUAUGGUACAAAGAAUCAGUCUU